CGCUCGAAUAAGAAUUGCACGGCGAACGAGCCGAACGAGUCGGGAGGACGACGGAGAAGUGCUACGGGCUACUCAGCUGCCAUCUUGGUCAUGUUUACGAAUUAGACUAGAAUUUAAACAUCGACUUUUCACCACUGCAAAUGUAAAUUAUGCAACAUUUCUAAUUUGAGAACCCAGCCUGGACGUCCAAGUGUCUCGAGCGAGCGUCUGAUUCGGCUUAGCUCUACUCAAAGUUAAAAAACUCAUGGCUUGCUAGUCUACACUAAAAGCUGAUCGGAUCAUUUGGAAACAACAAUUAUGGCUGAAAAACGCGCACAUCACAAUGCUUUGGAGAGAAAGAGACGAGACCACAUCAAAGACAGUUUCACUAGCCUACGAGACUCGGUACCUGCCUUACAAGGGGAAAAAGUGGCCAGCCGUGCCCAGAUCCUCAAGAAAGCCGCUGAAUACAUCCAGUUUAUGAGGCGCAAAAAUUCUGCCCAUCAACAAGAUAUUGAUGAUCUCAAGCGCCAGAAUGCAAUGCUUGAGUCCCAAAGUAUUCGAACCCUCGAAAAGGCGAAAGCAUCUGGCACCUUCCCGGUGGAAGCCAAUGAUUCUCUGGUUUGCUCCAAAUCUGACUCGGCUUCCAGCUUCAACCACGAAUCUGAGAGUGACUCGUCGAGUGACAGCAGCUCGGCCGUGGCGCGCAGAAGCAAGAAGCUGAAAGUGAGCAGCAGCCACUGACAAUUGCAACAAAUCAGAAAAAGAUACCUCCAAUGAUUUACCCCUCUUAUUUCGUUUACUAUCACUUGUACUGCUACAGGUUUUGCACCGUCUUAUAGUAUCAGAAUGCACAUUCCGACGUGAAAAAGUGACAUGCCAAGUUUUACCAACAUGCAAGAUGGAGAGAACGUACAACCAAAAAUAUAUUCUUUGUCUUAUCCUAUAAGUUUUGCACAGCCCUCCUUCAUUGGAACUUUGAAUCUAAUGUUUAAGAAAUUUCCUUUUGAAUGUCUUUAGUUUGUAAGGUGCUGUUCUAUCUAACAAUGAUGCAGUAAUAAUACAGAUAAGAUGCAUUCAGAGGAGAGAUAUUCUUAAAAAGAUUAUUGUGGUAGCGUUCAUUUGUAAGAUAGACUGUCAGUUGUAAAUAUAUCACAGUACCUAAAAUUCACAACUUUCAAUCACAACCACAUUAUAUACAAUUUGGAAAGUAUACCAGUGUCUGAUUUGGGAAACAAAACUUGGACGUGUUCAGAAAUAUUCUAUUUCCUUAAAACAAAGAAAAAUGAUAUAACAAAUCAGCAAGAAGUAACAUGUAUGAAAAGAGAGUACAAAUAAUUAUGUCCUAAAGGUUCUAUAUUACGGACGAAAGUUUGGGACUGCUAGUGAAUGGAAGUAAUUGGCCGCCUUCUCCGCGGACUUGCAAGUUAUGUUAUAUAAAGGAUGGCAUGGAACCUGAAAUUGUGGCUUCAUUAAAACCGAAUCAACAAGGAAAAACUGUGUAAUAUUACAAGUUUAUUUUCUGGGGGUCCCACUACUAUUGGAUUGUUAGGGUCAAAGCCAAAUUGAGCAACAGAUAUUCCACUCAGCCCAUAGCAUGUGUGAUACAAAUCUUGAGAUCUGAAAAUAAAUUAAAUUGCAUGUAAUUUCCUGUCAAGGUUAGUUUUUAAAAUGGGAGCAUACUUUCCCGGCUUGUCAAUAAUGCCGCCUUUUGGGUGCUGACAACAUAUCAAUAGGUACUCUUGUAAGGCCUCUUGGUGAAAGAGUAAACUCGUUGGUUUAAUGUCCUCUGCUGUAAAAAA